GUUGGGUCUAGAGGACCCACCCUGGUACCACAGACCGUCUGCAGCCGUCGCUGUGCUGCGGAGGACGCUGUUCACAGAGCGGAAGAUGGCGACUGUUUGGAGGCUGCAAAGGAACCUCCCGAGCUGAUACCGGGGGGAAGAAGAGGACAUAUAAACAGUCAGAGCCCGUAAUAGACCCCGUCGACAACAACGACAAUAAUGUCCCGCUCCCAUGAUAAUGAGGAUGGAUGCUUUGUUGCCAUGGAUACAGAGGACGAUGGUGCGGAGCCUGCUAGGAUAACGGAGGAAGAAGAGGCAAACAUGAGGUCCUGCCGACAAGAAGGGAACAUGGACAUUGGUGCCAAAGGAGGGGGGAGAACAAUGGAGGAGUUGCCAGAAGAAGUUCUUGAAUAUAUUCUGUCCUUCCUCUCACCUUACCAGGAGCACAAGACUGCUGCGCUUGUAUGUAAGCAGUGGUAUCGCCUCAUUAAAGGUGUUGCUUAUCAGUGCUACCACGGUUUCUUGAGAGCUGUCCAGGAGGGAAAUAUCCAGUGGGAAAGUCGCACAUACCCAUAUCCAGGAACCCCGAUUACUCAGCGCUUCUCACACAGUGCAUGUUAUUAUGACUCAAACCAGUCCAUGUAUGUAUUUGGGGGUUGCACUCAGAGUAGCUGCAAUGCUGCCUUCAAUGAUCUGUGGAGACUUGACCUCAACAGCAAGGAGUGGAUCCGCCCUUUAGCCUCAGGCUCUUAUCCAUCUCCUAAAGCUGGGGCGACUCUUGUGAUGCACAAAGAUCUGUUGGUGCUGUUUGGGGGAUGGACUCGUCCCAGCCCAUAUCCACUGCACCAACCAGAAAGGUUUUUUGAUGAAAUCCACACCUACUCUCCUUCAAAGAACUGGUGGAACUGUAUCGUAACAACACAUGGACCUCCACCUAUGGCUGGCCACUCUUCCUCGGUGAUUGGAAACACCAUGGUGGUAUUUGGGGGAUCACUAGGAGCACGGCAAAUGAGUAAUGAAGUCUGGGUUCUGGAUCUGGAACAGUUGUCCUGGUCCAAACCACCCAUAUCUGGCCCAUCACCCCACCCACGAGGAGGCCAAUCACAAAUUGUGAUUGCUGAUCAGACGUUGCUCAUCUUAGGAGGCUGUGGGGGUCCUAAUGCACUCCUUAAAGAUGCCUGGCUCCUCCACAUGGAUGCACCACCAUGGAGGUGGCAGCAGCUGCAGGUGGAAAACGAGGACCAUGGGGCGCCUGAGCUGUGGUGUCACCCAGCUUGUAGAGUGGGCCAGUGUGUGGUGGUUUUCUCACAGGCUCCAUCUGGCCGUGCACCGCUCAGCCCGAGUCUUAACUCUCGGCCCUCCCCAAUAAGUGCCACACCUGCCCCUCUGGGCUCCGAACCGCCUUCCCUGCGCUCCCAGUCUCCUGUUCGGAGCGGGGCUGCCGGUGUUGUCUUGGGAGCCGUCGAAGAGGCUCCUUGUGUAAACGGCCGAUGGGGCACGCUGAGACCUCGGCCUUCAGCAAGAGGAAGUGCCAGAGAAGGCAGCCCUUCCUCAUCCCAACAGCCGUCUCCGUCACAAGGCCCAGACAGCCCUCCUCUUCCUCCACUUCCCCCUUUAUUAAAUGGAUCCUCCCCAUCACCAAGGACCAGCCCAGCCCAGGCUGCAUCUCCUUCUGCUCGCCCUCUCCCACCUGCCUCCACAGACUAUGGCUGGGAGUCUCCCUCCUCUGCCGCUCACCACCCUGAGGUGCCCAGCACCAAUGGCCUGCAUACACCUCCUGCAGGCUCCCCACACACUCCCCCGGGAGCAGUGUCCCCCGCUGCCUUACGAAGAGGUCUUGAGGCAGUGAAAAACAAAUCUUCCUCAUCUUUACCAUCUUCAUCGCCUUCCCUUCAGACACAGGGGGCUUCUCCUGGUGGAGGUAGUGGAGGAGGAGUGGGUCCUCCUGGAACCCCUCCGUCUUCAUCCUCCAGCCCUCCACAGGCUGAUGGACACGCUAUCCCACCUAUUGCACGGCGUCUUGGCCAUCACCCACCCCAAAGCCUGAACGUAGGGAAACCUCUGUACCAGUCUCUCAACUGCAAGCCCAUGCAGAUGUAUGUGUUGGAUGUGUCCAGGGCCAAGUCUGCUGGAGUGGUGUCCUGGAGAGUUUAUGGGAAUGGGACUCCCGCUGCAGUUACAGGGCCUCCUGAGACCAGCCUUCACACAGUGGUACAGGGCAGGGGUGAGCUCAUCAUUUUUGGGGGCCUAAUGGACAAGAAACAGAAUGUGAAGUACUACCCUAAAACCAACGCCUUGUACUUUGUACGAGCUAAAAGGUAAUGCAGCUCCAGGUGGGAUUGGGAAGACAGAUGGCUGUCACCACACAAGGGAAUUGACACACAAUGCCUUUUUCCUAUAGAGGAUUAUGGGAAAAGAACAUAAUCAUUAUUAGAUGUUUCACUUCAUAACUUCACUAUUCUCCCUUCUGCCUACAAGCAUUCAAAAAUAAAACACUUUAACUACACUUUGGUGUGUGCGUGUGUGCGUGUGUGUGUGCGCGUGUGUGCGUGCGCGUGUGUGUGUGUGUGUGUGUGUGUGUGUGUGUGUGUGUGUGUGUAUUUUGUUGUUCCCCAAAAGGUGAUCAGCCAAACGAUAACAUUUCUGUUUGUCCUCUUCUGAACUCUUGAAAUAGAGGAACUCUGGGAUAACGGACGCAGAAACGAUAGACGACUACCUUGCUUUUUGUAUCACUCAUUAAGCCUGCAAUGUUUACAUUGAAAACAGUGUGUGUAUGUGCGCACGGUGGUGGUUAAAAGUUGUUGACUAAUGUGUGUCGGUGGCCAUGGUGGGUGAGAGAUGUGGCACUUUACUAUAAACAUAGUUAAACAAUAAA